AAGAACUCACACCAUAUAUUGCUUAUAAGUUUGGUACUAUAUAUUUAUGUGGGCUGGCAAGACAACCCUUUAAAACCCCUCCACAUACACAAACAAGAACGUCAAAGAAACAACCCCAUCUCAUGGAGCAAACCUUAUUCUACACAACAACUCCAAUGUCUAGAUGUUGCUCUAAUCUUCCUGAUCAAGAAAUCUUGAUCAAAGAGUCGUCGAACAAGCAAAAAGGCUCAAGCUUUUCUUCACAAAAGAGAAACCCUAUCCCUACUCCUAAUUUGAAUAAUAAAGCGUCCAUGCCAACUUUUGGAUUUGGAAACGAUGAAGAUGAUGAUAUUGAAGAUGAAGAGAGUGAGUUCAAGAUGGGGAGGUUGAUUAGGCAAGCGUCUCUAAACUCCUCUGAUAUGGAUUCUCAUCAACAAAAAACUAAGGUUAUGAAAGGAAGCUCGAGUUUACCACGGUAUUUGUCACUAAAUCCGGAAAGAAAUCAAGAAAAGAUUAGUAGCAUGAGGAAAUUCGAAAGCAUGAAAGAGAGGAAUAGAAGCAAGAACUCCAUGAAAAUAGUGAAGAACAAUGGUGGAGCACCAACAAUUCCAGGAGGAUGGGUUGACAAGGGGUCAUCAGAAGAUAUGAAGGCACAGAUCAAAUUCUGGGCCAGAGCAGUUGCUUUCAAUGUGCAUCAAGAAUGUUAAACCGAUAAGAGCCAAUACUAUACCAAACAUGUUGAUAAUUAUACGUUUGAUCGGGUUCACUCAUGAUGCGAUGCUAACAGAGUUUUUUUUGAUGUGAAUUAUGGGAUUUUAAUUAACUUAUUGAAUAUAAUAAUUUAAUUUGUGUUUUAAGAUUUUUUCUAUUUUUUAGUAAUUAAAUUUGACAGAUUUGUUUUUAGGGAUAAUCAAAUGACCGAGAAUAUAAAUUAAUGAUCCAAGUUUAGGGUGGGUCUACUAAGGAGCCAGGGUAACCUAUAGGGAUGUUCGUUUGGAUGGAUCACUUUGAUCCAAUCCAAUCCAGUGAAUCUGAAUUAAUUUUGGUUUUCAAAAUAUGUAUCCAAAUAAUCUAAACUAAAUUCAAAUGCGAUUAGAACCAACCAAAUUAUAAUUCGGAUAUGUUUUACAAUUCGGUUUUUUAAGAUGUAGGACAUUUGAAGAAAAAUAUAUAACAUGAAUAUUAAUCAACUAUAAACAAAUUAAAUUGUUUUGUUGGGAAUUAAAAU